AUGGAUGCUGACGUUGAUUCUUUAUGGGCCCGUUUGCAGUUGGCAGGCCCGGACAUGCUGAUUGACGGGUAUGAUCAGUACAACCAGCAAGAAAGUGAGGUCGUCAAUAUCUCCCCUGACGAUGCCUCCGAAGAACCGGCGGAUGCCCUGCCGAGGGCUGAUGACUUCGAAACCAUGAAGAAACACGUCCUUGUCGAUCUACCUGAUACCGAGACUGACGCGGAGACAUAUCACACAUGGCACAUAGAGAAAUGGCGGACACUGACGAGGAGAGAGCAUGGCCCGAUAUUCGAAUGCGGUGGUCAUCCGUGGAGGGUGCUGUUCUUUCCCUAUGGGAACCAGGUAGACUGCGCCUCGUUCUACCUCGAGCAUGGAUUCGAAAACGAGCCUCCACCGGACUGGUACGCCUGUGUCCAAUUUGCCCUUGUCCUAUGGAAUCCGAACGACCCCACCUUAUACCGGACUCACACCGCCACCCACCGAUUCAAUGCAAAAGAGGGCGACUGGGGCUUCACCAGAUUCGUGGAACUCAGAAAAGCCUUCAAUCAACCCUGGGAGGAAGGAACGAGGAAUCUGGUAGAGAAUGACGAAGCGAAAUUGACCGCUUACGUGCGUGUCAUGAAGGAUCCCACCGGUGUCUUAUGGCACAACUUUGAAGGUUACGAUUCCAAGAAGGAAACCGGCAUGGUUGGUCUCAAAAACCAGGGAGCAACUUGCUACUUGAAUUCCCUCUUACAGUCCCUGUAUUUCACUGAUGCAUUCCGCAAAGCCGUGUACCAAAUUCCGACCGAGCACGAGGCCAACCGAAGUAACAGCGCUUGGACGUUGCAGAGACUCUUCUACAAACUCCAGAAGGACAAGUUUGCGGUAUCCACCAACGAGCUGACGGCCUCGUUUGGCUGGGACACGCGGCAAAUCUUCGAACAACAAGAUGUUCAGGAAUUCUCUCGAAUAUUAAUGGAGGUGCUCGAGAAAAAGAUGAAAGGCACGCCCGCGGAAAGAACUCUUCCGGAACUGUUCGUCGGCAAGACCAAGACUUACAUUUCGUGCAUCAACGUUGACUUCGAGUCUUCCCGAAUAGAGGAGUUUUGGGAUAUCCAACUCAAUGUCCGAGGCAACAAGAAUCUGCACGAGAGUUUUAUGGACUACAUACAAGUGGAAACUCUCGAAGGCGAGAACAAAUAUGACGCUGGCGAGCCUUACAAGCUCCAAGACGCCAAGAAGGGUGUCAUUUUUGAGAGUUUCCCACCCGUCCUACACCUGCAAUUGAAGAGAUUCGAGUACGACAUCAAUCGAGACGCGAUGAUGAAGGUCAACGACAGACAUGAAUUCCCCGAAGAGUUUGACGCAUCCCUCUAUUUGUCCGACGACGCCAAAGCGGCUUCCACGGAGCCUUGGAUUUAUCAGUUGUAUGGCGUCCUCGUUCACAGUGGCGAUUUCAACGCUGGCCAUUAUUACGCAUUCCUGAAGCCCACCAAGGAUGGUGGCUUUUACAAAUUUGACGAUGACCGCGUCACCCGAUCGACCAUGAAGGAGGUUCUAGAAGAGAACUUUGGCGGGGAAUAUGCCAACGUCGCCAACGGGGGUCUGGGCCAAAGACAGCCCUACCUGAGAGGUUACUCGACCAAGCGAUCCAUGAAUGCAUACAUGCUGGUGUAUAUCCGGAAAAGCAGGCUCGACCAGGUCUUGCUCAAUGUGACCGAAUCCGACAUUCCACCACACAUCGAGACGAAAAUUGCCGAGGAACAAGCCGAGCUUGCGAGAAAGAAAAGGGAACGAGAAGAAGCACAUCUCUACAUGAAUGUUGGUCUGAUAACGGAAAAGACUUUCCAGGCCCAUCACGGCUUCGAUUUGACGAGUUAUGAUCUCGAACAGACCGAUCCAGCUGCGGCACAAGUUCAUCGACUCCUGCGCACAACCAAAGUCUCGGAAUUUGCCGCCACCAUCGCUGAGGAGCUUGGACUCGAUCCCGACCAGGUCCGAUUUUGGGUCAUGGUUGGCAGACAGAAUAAAACAAACAGACCGGACCAACCAAUCAGGGAUGUUGACAUUUCCAUGGAAGAGGCCAUGAACAAGUAUGGAUCCAGGGGCCGUCCAUUCUACUUGUGGGCCGAAAAUGGAUCCAAGUCAGAUGAUGGCAAAGUCCACUUCCCGGAUCCCGCCCAAGCGGUUGGGGGGAAUGUGCCGAUUUUGGUGUUCCUGAAAUAUUUCGAUGUCAAGGCGCAGACCCUGACUGGGAUCGGUCAUGUCUAUGUUAGAAAACUGGACAAGGUCUCCGAAAUUGCACCUCAGAUUAACAAGAUCAUGCAGUGGGAUCCCACCACAUCGAUACUAUUAUUUGAGGAGAUCAAGUUCUCCAUGAUCGAAGCUAUGAAGCCAAAACAAACCUUCCAGCAAUCCGAGAUUCAAGACGGCGAUAUCAUUUGCUUCCAACAAAAUCUCCCCGAUCUUGAUUCGAGCACCGUCACGUACACGGACGCACGCCAAUAUUACGAUUAUCUUCUCAACAGAAUACCUGUCAGCUUUUAUCCCAAGCCAGGUACGGAAGGAGAAGCCUUUGUACUCAGUCUCAGCAAAAAGAUGACAUACGAUCAAUUUUCGUCAAAGGCGGGCGAACACCUCAAGGUCGAUCCCACCCAUAUUCGCUUCGCAACGAUCAGCCUGACGAACAAUAAAAUCAAAGCAUGGAUCAAACGCGGACUGAACCAAAACCUCCAACAAAUCUUGCAGUCCCAAUUUUCCUCCUAUGGUGGAUAUGCCAAUCAUCGUGGCGAUGCACUCUACUACGAGAUUCUCGAAACCAGCCUCGCCGAUUAUGAAACCAAGAAGAUCAUGAAAGUGGUUUGGCUCAGUGACGGCAUCAGCAAAGAGGAACAAUUGGAAAUACUUGUUUCGAAGAACGGCAUUAUUGGAGAUUUAAUCAAUGGUAUCGCUAAAAAGCUCAACAUGGACGAGCAAACUGCCCGUAAUAUACGGGUCCUCGAAGUUCACGGGGGAAAGAUCCACAAAGAAUUGAUUGAAGACUUUAAUGUCGUCGGUGUCAAUGAAUUCACGACACUUUACGCCGAAAGGAUACCUGACGAGGAACUGGAAGCGUCUGAUGACGACAGGUUUAUCUAUUGCUAUCACUUCGACAAAGAACCCAGCAAGCAGCAUGGAACUCCCUUCAAGUUUAUGCUCAAACCUGGUGAACCUCUGAAAGAUACCAAGGAGCGAAUCAGCAAGCGAACAGGCAUCAAGGGCAAACUUUUGCAACAAAUCAAGUUCGCCUUGGUCUCAAGGGCUCUUUACGCGAAGCCAAGAUACCUUGAAGACGAAGACGUCAUUGUCGACCUUAUUCAAGACGGAGACGAGAUGCUUGGUCUUGACCACGUCAGUAAGACAAGAAACUUCUGGGGUAGAGCCGAGGGGAUGUUCAUUCGGUAA